UUUCUCUACGUUACACUCACUUCAAAGCUAGGCACUUAAAGCAACGAAAACUAAUUAAACACGUACUGCUAAUUGUUCUCCGCAGUAAAACAAAGGACAGAUUAUUUUUAGAUAUAAGUCAACUUGUUUGCGCUUAAAUGUUUUCAGUGAGUUCUAGUUUCAGAGAUAACAGGAUUGGAAUAAUAAAUUCGGUAGACAGCAGCAAAUUUCCACUGCUUGUCACUCGGCUAGCCCAUGGGAUGCAAGUUUCAGAAAAAACCGAAGUGUUCUCCCAAGAUGAGCUAAUUAAAUUGGAGUCAUCGCUAGGACUCGAGGAAAAAGAUCUGAAAAUUCUUCUGGACAGCAUAAAUUUAAUUCUAACUCAGGCUGCCUUGACCGGUUCAAAUUCUGAGUCUCUGAAGGAACAGCUUGAAGCUGCUGGAGUGGAAAAUGAAAAGUCAGCAGCCAUCAUUGAAGUGUGGCAAAAUUCAGGAAAGCAGAUCAUUGAGAGUUUAAAACUGAGACUGUCCAAGCCCCAGCAGCUGGACGACAUACACUGGUCCCUUGGAGCAAGCAUAUCUUCCAAGAGCCAAGCGGAGCAAAAGUCUCCUCACGCAAUUUUGCAGUUCACGAUGAAAAAUCAAAAGGAUUCUGAAGCAAUCACAGUUCAAAUGAACCAUGAACAACUAUUCAGCCUGCAUCAAAGCUUGCAAAGUAUCCAAGACAAGCUGGACUCUUUGAAGUGAGGAAAA